GAUACGCGUCACAGUAAACAUCAUUUGUUGUCAUUUUCGUUCAUUCCUAAACGUCCCAACACCCAAAAUGGCGUGUAAACACCUCGCUACACGGCUGUCUCCCCCGCGUGAAGGUGAGAACAAAGACAUCUCGCCGCCAGGUGAGCGUGUCUAAUGAAGCAGACACGCCCACCCGAGGUUGGCACGCUAGCUGCGGUGUUAUUCAGUCCGUGACCUUUACACGGCACAGAGCUGGCGCGGGGAGGGCGAGCCGCCACGCAGCCCUGACUGUGAGUUUCCCGCGCGACAGUGACUGUCACUACAGCUGGGAGGGUCCCAGAGUUCGUACCGAGGGCAGAUAGAACCCUGCUGACGGCGGAGAACUCUGCUGAUCCGUGUAUGUGAUAGUCAACACUGUGAACAGCCGUCGCCAUGAGUGCUACCGAUAAGGCAGGCGGUGUGGAUAAGGCAGACGUUGCUUCCGCCUCUGUUGUCACCGCGGCGUCGUUUACGUCGAGUGACGGCGACGACGAGGGUCUUGGGACGACGACGUAUAGCGUCAGCACGUCGUCAGACGUGGAAAGCACGGCGAGCAGCUCCACCGUGACCGAGGUGCGACAUAAGCGGUACGUGGUGACCAGCUCCUCGGGACGACUGUCGAGCGUCCCCGCCGACCCAGGUCCCGAACCCCCCACCUUCCCCACCACCGACAUCGUGUCGCUGAACGCCCGCUUCAUGUACUACGUGGACCGCGUGCGUUUCCUGGAGCAGGAGAACCGUACCCUGCGCCACAGCGUGACGGAGCUGGAGGUCAGGUCUGUGUCCCCGGAGAUGUACCGAACCUUCCAGCAGGAGAUAGACAGGGGGCGGCAGAAGGUGGCGGACCUGGGCGCAGAGAGGGCGCAUCUACAGGUGGAGGUACAGAGGCUGGAGAGGGAGAUGCGCGAAUUCAACCACAAGAGCUGUACGACACCAAGAAGGCCUACAAGGACGCCCAGGAGAACCUGCGACUUCGGGCGCAAGAACAGGACUUCAAGACACGCACACACGAACAGGAGGUGAAGGAGGUUCGGAAAGAGAUCCUGAACAUAUCCGUGGAGCUGGAGAAACUGAGGAACGAGAACACAAAGGUUGCGAUCGGCGUCCUGGGAGCACAGGGGGAGCUGCAGCAAUACGUCACCGGGAACGAAGGGAAUGCACAGCUGCAGUCAGAAGUUCAUCAAGUUUCCCACAAUGCCAGCACGGAAGUGACGCAGUACGUGUCGAUGCUAGAAAAGAGGGAGGUCGAAUUAGAGACCCUGCACCGCAGCCUGGAGCAACAGAGGGAGGAGUACGAGAAGCUCAUGCACAUGAAGCUAGACCUGGAGCUGGCACUGAAGCAUCAUGGACUGGAGUACACCACCAUACAAUAUGAUGUGCACGACUGGUCUCCGUCCCACCGCAAAUCAUCUACUCCAAAGGGCACACCAAUCCGUCGUCGCCCCCUCCAUGAAAUUAACCAUUCCAACAAAAAGAGGAAAGCUGAGCACCCAUCACCUGCAGAUGGUUCAUUCCUGACGGAUGAGGCUGCUUAUGUCUCUGCAGAAGGCUUCGCUACUGAAUCUGGAAGCCAGUCAGGGUACAUCAUCACCGAGAGUUACACCAUCGAUGGAAGCGCGUCACAACAGCGGACACAGCGCGAUGAAACGAAUGGAACAGCAGGAGGUGUUGGCGAUGGUCAGCUGGUGAUAGGUGAAGCUCGAGCCGUUGAUGCUCCUGGGCUUUCCGGCCCGAGACGAGUCAUGACAGCUUCCGGGGAGUAUGUGGUGGCGUCCGCAACAUCCACGGUCCGUUGUAGCGGAGAGGAAGGCGACACGGCCAUGGGGCUGACAUCAGAAGGCCAGAUGGCGACUACGAGGGCCACAGCUGACGAUCGCCCCGGUCUCUCAGGCCCGAAACGCAUCCUUACCGCCUCAGGAGAGUAUGUCAUCGCAACAUCCUCGGAAGAGCAGACAACAACUACGACGGCCACAGCUGAGGACCGGCCCGGGCUCUCAGGUCCGAAACGCAUCCUUACCGCCUCAGGAGACUAUGUCAUCGCAACAUCCUCGGAAGAGCAGACAACAACUACGACCGCCACAGCUGAGGAUCGACCCGGGCUCUCUGGUCCGAAACGCAUCCUUACCGCCUCAGGAGAGUAUGUCAUCGCAACAUCCUCGGAAGAUCAGACAACAACUACGACGGUCCAGUCUGAAGAUCGACCCUGUCCUUCAGGUCCGAAACGUAUCCUUACUGCUUCAGGAGAGAAUGUCGUAGUGACAUCUUCGGAAGAUCAGACGAAGACUACAACAGUCAAAGCCGAGGACCGCUCUAGUCUUUCCGGUCCGAGACACGCCUUGACGUCCACAAGGGAGUAUGUUGUAAUGACUUCGUCUUCGGAUGAGCAAACAACAACUACAACGGCCACACCUGAGGAUCGACCCGGUCUCUCAGGCCCUAAACGCAUCCUUACCGCCUCAGGAGAGUAUGUCAUCGCAACAUCCUCGGAAGAGCAAACAACUACGACGGCCAGAACCGAGGACCGACCCGGUCUCUCAGGUCCGAAACGCGUCCUUACACCUUCAGGAGAGUAUGUUGUAACAUAUUCGGAAGACCAGACGACGACGACCGUCCAGGUUGAAGAUCACCCCGGUCUCUCCGGCCCGAAACGCGUCCUGACGGCUUCUGGGGAGUACGUCGUAGUAACUUCGUCUGAACACCGUACAGCAUCUACAACCAAAGACGGCGUGAGCACUGAACAAGUGAAACGAGGGUCUAAUGCUCGUGAUGGUGGGAUAGGAAGCUAUCUUGGGACUGAUGUUGUCGACGCCACCAAAUCGACGUCGGGCGGCUACGUCGUUGAGUCGUCAACAAAAGAAGGGGUGUACGAGGGUCAUGGGAAGGCGCAGAAGUAUUCAGCUGACGUUAUGGAGACGACAACAACAAAACGCCGAUCGAAAGGAGGCAUCGGCCACUCAGAAGGCCCACCGAUAUCCUACAGUUUACACCAGGAAACCCAAACGAGGAAAACUCUGGAGAAAGCUGAUUUUGAGGAGGGAAGUGUGCCUUCCCGAGAAAUCGUACAGGACAGAACAGCGGAUUCACUGUCGUUUUCUGGGGACACGCACAUGAUGAGUGUACGAAUGUGGGGAAAAUUUCCCACCAAGCGAAGACAGAUGAACACCAGUGAUAAGAUUGUAUCAGCGACUUCGUCAAUGGAGUCGAGCGAAACACAGACUUCAAGCACCAUCACCAGAAUACCGGAAUCCAGUGUCAGUGUUUCCACAUCCGACUCUACCUCUUCCGGUCCCACCACGAGCCCUUCCGGACCCGGUCUCAGCCCUUCCGGAUCCAAUGCUUCACUACAAACCCUGACAGAGUCCGACAAUACUUUGCUGAAUUCCCAGAUGGCGGUGCAUUUCUGGGGGCGACGUGCUAACAGAAAAAGUUUACCAUCGGGAACACCGACCUUGUCGGAGUUGAAGGCAGACCGAUUUGGAGGGCCGUUUGCUGGAGACAGAUUCACAAGUGACCCCAUCACAACCAUUACUUCAACCUCUACCUCAACAGAACGCACACGUACCAGCGACGGUGGUGCAACACAUCCUGUCACUGCCACCAGUACCUUCUCAACAACCAAUAGAGCAGAGGUUCAAGAUAUGUCGGAAGCGUCUGCAGAAAAAUCCGGUUGGGGGCGCUUUUUCGGGCGGCAGUCAAGAGUUAUCCGAUCUAUCCAGCACCGCACGCCGUCACACCACGCGUCCGGGUUUCGGCAACUGGAAUCUAACUUCUGGGGCAAAUCCGUCAGACGGGAGAAUACGCGGACGAACCCGGCCAGUGCUACUGAUCUCAUAGGCAGGAGCUGGUGGAGUCGUCUGCUGGGUGUGCCCAGCGUUGCCGCCGUCUCCUCUGUUGACUCAAUACAAGGCGUGGAUCAGGAUGACAUGGAUGCCUCUUCUGCAAAAUCUGGCUGGUGGCGCUUUUUAACACGACAAUCGACAACGUCAACUACAAGACAUUCCUCCCAGGCCAUACAACGUGAGCUGACGUCAACUGGCUCGUCAGGAAUGACGCAACUAGGGUCCAACUCUUGGGGCAAAUCCACCAGGCGAGAAAACACGGGGAUGCGUGGGGUUGACGAGACCGACACAACAGCCGUUUCUGCUACACAUACGACUGUUACUACUACUGGAAGUGACGGUGCUAGUGGCAGUAAAAAAACCAGGAGGACUGGUGCCCGGCAACUCGUCGAUGGAAGCGAUAAGACCUCUCGGACCUGCCUCUCGCGGAUUGGCCGCUUGUGUGUCUGGCUACUCCCGCUGCUUUUCCUCCUCCUCCUACUUUUCUUCCUCCUGUCCUCCCUGUUCCCGGGUGGGAUGCUGGGGAUGCUCCUGGGCUGGGAGAGAGGCAGCUGCCACUUGCAGAACAGCUUCCGCCAGUCCUGGCGGUUCAUGCUUAGGCACAGGAGCCCCCCUCCCAUCUGAUCACGUGAUGAUCACAUGGUCCUCACGUGUCUAUAUCCUGAUCACGUGGAGACCACAUGGCCGCCACAUGCUUACAUUUUGAUAUUAAAUGUCAAAAGCAGUUGGUAAUCAUGAAAAUGGUAUAGGCCAGAUAUCUUGUAACAGCUACAAAUUUAAUGUUCUUGAGCUUAGCUUGUCCUGUAUUUGUGUGCGUUCACACUGCGAAUAAGAUAAGAAUGGGACAUUUUAGCUAAGCGUAUGUACCAAUACAUCUCAGGUCUAGAUUGCGACCUGCACUUCCAUGUCUAGAGAUUAAAAGACAUGUUGUUCAUGCAUUGGAUCGUACAUGUUCUGUUGGUCGAUGGGGCAAUACCAGCAAUCUUUGUGUUCCCUAUCAUUAUAAUCAUCUGUUUACAGUUGUCUCUUGAUGAUGAGAGUUCUCCGAUAUUAUUUUUCAAUUAAAGGUGGAGGUGAAUGUAUUUGAAAGGGAAUGAGAUCAUUCUAUGCAAUACUUUCGUAGGGUCUUCCAAAAAUUGUGUAAAAUGUAACUUUGCUUAAUGCAAAAUGCACAAACAUUGGAUAUAGGUAAACUAGCUAUAAUUCUUAAAUAUAUAGAUUAUGCUUAUAUAUUUGCAUAUAUUAACAUGUGGCCUUUACAAUUGACAUUUGGACCAAAUUGCUAUGUGAGGUGCAGUGGUCAUUGGUGGAAUAACGUGUUUAAGGAGUGGUAGUAUUUAUUACAUUUGUAUGAGUAAGAAAUGUAUUUUCCUCGUCCUCGGCUCAUUCUCUACUUGACAUGUUUGAGAAGCGCCUUGCGAUUUUGUGUGUACGUACAAACGCACAUGAAGCUUUUCGUUGUGUUUUGAUGUAUCAUCGAAAGAAAAUUGACCGUACUGGAUCAGAUCUUUGAACGGACGUAUAGCUGUAGGGAGAGCAUGGUUGUGAUUAUUGUUCAUGUACGUAGCUUGAUAUUGGUGCCUCUUCUAUUGGUGCAAUAUUUACUUGUUUUCGGUCGAACAGACGAUGCAUUCUGGUGGCCUAAAAGUGGAUUUUAUUUUGGUGAAUAAACCUACCAUGGAGAUG